AAAUGGCGAUACCAGGAGUGAAAUAUGACGAUGGGGGUGUUGGAGUUCCUGGCAAUUGCUUUCCUGUCAGAAGUAUAUUCAAACAAUCUGAGGAAGGAGGAGGCGCAUGGCUGGUCUCAUUACGAGCAGAACAGCGUCGCCGCUUCAAGGCUGUUCUUUGUUCAAAGCCAAAGACAUACUCACAGAUCAAAGAAGAGAAAAAGCAAUCAGCUGCCCCAAUAAGCACUCCAAGACUACAGGGCAAUCUCAGUGAUGAAGAGGAAGGAGAGACUUUAGAUGGCUUCUACUUGAUGAAGCACAGCUGUGUAGAGGACCCCUCAGACCUGUGUUCUGUGAACAUCUGUGGGAAAGGAAUCACUGAGGUGAAGGAGGAAGAUCUGGGCCUCUUUGACAAUGUGGCUUAUGUCAAUGCAGGGGAAAACUUCUUGCCAUUCGAGGCAUUCCGUGGUUUCCCUAUUAUUCGUGAAUUAGAGAUUCCACUUAAUGGGUUAAGAGGAAUACGUAUUACACGCAAGGACUUUCCUCAUAUGGAGGUCCUUGAUCUGUCAUAUAACAACCUGGCCAAAGAAGAUAUUCUAAUGCUUGGCGUCAUUCCAAAACUUAGGGUGCUACAUUUAACAGGGAAUAAUUUUAAAGAGCUUCCACCUGAUCUAGCUCAACCUUUUAAAUCAGAAAAAGAGAAAAGAAUGGAAAGAUUCCCUGCUUUAGAAAUAUUAUUUUUAGAUGACAACAAACUGUCUGAUCUUUCAACUUUUUCUGCAUUAGCUGGACUGAGGAGGCUGCGUCACCUCAGUCUGGAAAAGAACAACAUUUUCUCAGUGCCACAGCUGAGGUUGGUGGGAGGUAGACUGAUUACGCAAGAAAGUCCAGCCUUCAAGAAGAUGAAGAAAAGCAAGACACCAAAGUCCAGGCCACUCAGUGCUAGAAGUCAAAGAAAAAUGGAGGAAGAAGACAGAGAUGAUCAACCUAGGCCUCCAAAGGAGACUCAGAAACCUGAAAAACAAAGGAAAAAGAAGACUGUCCCGGGGCAUUAUAAGGGAUAUGAAAUUUUGUUAGAUGUACCAGAGGACCCCAAUACUCAUAUCCCCAAAGACCUUCAAGGCAGUGUGCGUGCCCUAAAACAGAUGCUGGAUCACCCCAUAGUGUUCAGGGACAAUGUGGUUCAGCUGGACAGGAUACAGAAACCUUUUGAACCAUAUAAACAGCAUAAAUACCUUAGUGAUGUCCCUCCCAAAACAUACCAAGAGAAAGUAGACGACAUGCUGACGGAGAUGAAGACAAGGACCGCUGUAACAGAGGCUCCACUUAACGUGGCUUUGAAGGACAAGAGAAAGAUGAAGGACUUUCCUGAGGCACCUACUUUACUUGGGGAUGUCCAGAGAAAAUACAAUGCUGUGAGAACAGCAUCCAUGCAUGACGCCAGGGAGGCUAGGAAAGCACUAAAAUCCACUUUAGAUGAAGUGUCUAAAAAAAACCAGAAAUAG